UUCAUCUCAAUCCUUGGUUUUCUCACUUUUCUUGCAGAUCUUCUGUUUUGAUUAAUUUUCUUAGCUUUUGACAUGGAUUUAUCACCCAAGUUUCCAAGCACGUUUUUUGAAGGAGAAGGCGGAGCAUACUACAACUGGUCGAGUUCUGAAUCGGCCGUUCUUGGUCAGGCCAAAGUUGCCGCCGGUAAGCUUGUGUUGAAGCCGCGGGGUUUUGCUCUUCCUCACUACGCUGAUUGCUCUAAAAUCGGUUUUGUUCUUCAAGGCGACAAAGGUGGCGCCGGAUUGAUAACUCCAGGCGGAAAAGAUAAGGGGACGGCCGCAUACAUAGCCCUACAAAAAGGAGACAUUAUUCCCGUUCCUCUCGGGUCGGUUUCGUGGUGGUACAACCAUGGUCCAUCGGAUCUGGUCAUAACCUUUAUCGGAGAAACUUCCAAAGCUUGGGUUCCCGGCGAAAUCACUUAUUUCCUGUUAACCGGCGCUCAAGGAAUCCUCACCGCUUUCUCGCCUGAAUUGAUCGGAAAAGCAUUCAGUAUGGAUGCAAACAAAGCACAGAAAAUAGCUGGAAGCCAGAAGGGCGUUCUCAUCAUCAAGCUCAGCCAAGAAGAAGCAAACAGCAUUCCAGUUUAUUCCACCGAUAUCGCUAAUACGUGGACCAGAAGCAUCGAAAAUUCACCGCCUGAUGUUGCGGUGGAGAAUGGUGGUUCGUGUAUUACACUAACGGGAGCCAAUUUUCCUUUCCUUGAAGAUGUUGGGUUGAGUGCCACCAGAUUGAAGCUCGAACGCUGCGCCGUACGGGCGCCAACGUAUACAGCCGACGGUUCAACACAAGUGAUAUACGUGGCAAAAGGAAGCGGCAAGGUGCAGAUCGUAGGCUUGAACGGAAACCUUACGCUGGAUGACGAAGUUAAGACCGGUCAACUUUUUGUGGUGCCGAAGUUUUUCACGGUCAGUUUAUCGGCCGACGAUGAAGGCAUGGAAUGUGUAUCUAUAAUAACAUCUCCGCGGCCCGUAAUUGGGGAACUGGGUGGUCAGGAUUCAGUGCUGAAUAUAAACCCAUCAGUUCUGCAAAUUAGUCUGGAUCUGACUUCGGAGAUUACAAAUCAAUUCAGGAAAAUGAUGAAAAUCGGCACAAUAAUUGUUCCUCCAAGUAGUACCAUGUGAUAGUGAUAAUGCUUUAAUUAACUGAGUUGUACGAUUGGAAUAAAAACCGGUCUGUGUCUAAACCCGUGAGAUGGUGUUUCUACGGUUGGAAUAAGAUUUGCCCAUGUACUGUCUUUAUAUCGUCAACUAUUCAAAUGUCCAAUAUUCAUUUAAUAAUAUUCAUAUUUUGAAAGCACUAUCCAACAAAGGUUGGAUCAAAUGACAAGUGAUUUGUUUUAUUUUAAAUAAAAUUUAAAAUUUAAA